CAUUUGACAUUCCGAUAUACGGCUGAACGUAAUUGAACAAUGUGAAAAUGCACAGGAUAAACUGUGCAAUUACGAUAAGCAAUUAGCGUGUUCUCAUUUCGCUUGACAGCAGCAGCGAUACAGUAGCUGUGCAUACCUCCCUACACUCCUGUGAUAUUUGUACAUUCGUGAUAAAUUCGCUCCGUCUAGGCGUUAUAAGCUGGUGUGAAGGUGGCAGACAUGAUCUGCUUCCCCGACAGCGACGACAGUGACGAUGAUCCGUGGAACUCACUGCAGUCAGUGCAACAAAGGCAGUUACUGGGGCGCCACUACCGACCCGGAGCAGAACCAGACCAGAUCUUCACCGUCCAGGUGUACGACAUCAGGAACACCAGCCAGAUCGUCCCGGCAAAGUACGAGUCUUUCCCCGUCGACAGGAGCUCCUGCUGCAGCACAUCACGCACCCAGGCCAUAGCAGACAGGUAUGGAGUACCACUGGGCUCCGUCUACACUGACCGGAAGGAGAAAGAGGCUGUGAUUUAUAACGACCUUGACCUUCAUGUUGUGUUCAUUGAUGUCAGAUCUCAGAACUACCGGGCUCCUUCAUCCAACUACACAGAACAAGGCUGUGUGGGCAUUGAUCCCAAAAUGAGCGUUGCCUUUUUGAAGGAACUGAUCUGUCAAAGUGAAAAUUUUCAAAUUGGUGAAAACGUUGGUUUGUUUUAUAGGAAAAUACGUCUAGAUGACGAAGCAGCUAUUGGGGCUUGUGUGAAAUUUGGGGAUCAUUUGCUUUGUGUUGAUGAAGUAAAAUUACAGGUUUCUUGCUUCCAUCGUCCGAGACGGAAAAUUGAGAAUCAAUACAGACUGGACUGUCUAAAUACUUUAAAUGUAAGGGAGAUGAAGAACAGAUUCAGGGACACAUUCCAGGAGGACUUUCCCGGACUUCAAAAUGGAGCUGAGGACAUCUGGUUCACACAGGGUAAGAAUGUCCUAAAAGACGAGGACUUCCUGUUCAUCACAACUUCACUUCGGCAAGGGCUGAACGAUAGGGGGAGGAUGAUGGUUCACGUAAAGCCACCAACGUGUUUCCCCGUUGUGAUCAAAUUCCUUGGUUCGAACUCAAAAGAGGCUGUCUACCAUGUCCUGAUUGUGCCUCCUAAUAUAACAUCCUCCCAGUUUAGGUCCGAGGCUUCCGUUCUGGUUGAACAUCCUCCAAACGCUCUUCGUUUGCUCAUGAACAAUAAAAAACUAAGAAAGCCAGCGAUGAUAGAAGAAAAUGGGUUUGUUCCAAAUUGCGCUGUAAGUGUUAGAGUUGCGGAGAAAAUUGUUGUUAACAUAUGCGUAAAUAUGGGCAUGUCAAGUCUUCAGAACGUACAGGUGAACUUGUACAAACUUGACACAGUCUCUGAUCUGAAGAGGCUUGUCUCAAGGCAAACACAUGUUGAUCCGGCAGAUCUCCAGAUGUUCUUUGAGGACAAGGAAGUCAUCAAUGACAGACAGUUGAUGGACUAUCGCAUAAGAGAUGGCGACACACUGUUUGCUGUGCACUUCAAGGAUUCCAUCCAUCUCAUGAUUCGCCAACCUGGUAUGCCGCCAUCUUGUUUGACUGUGGAGAAGUUCAGACAGUGCAAAGUUAAAAAAGUUAAGAUGUUUCUUGCACAGGUCCUGCAGACAAACCGCGAGAAUGUGAAUAUCAUUCACAGGGGAAAAUGCUUAAUUGAGGACAUUAGCCUUGCGGACGCUGGGUUGUGUUCGGGGGACACGCUGUUGAUUCCAAGAGUCAUCAAAGACGAUUACAGGGUAGAGGGGAUGAAAAGAGUCUUCGUUUCAACGUGUGAUGGAACAGUCCGAGUCACGAUGGCAGUCCUCAAAGGAGGCAUAACGUUUUAUGCACCUGAGAGCAUCCCACUCCCCGAUAUUGAAGAGUUAUCUACCUUGAGAUGCAACAGGAACUGGUCACAAGGACUGAUGCUAGGAUCCAUAGAGUUGUCACGGUCAUCACCAAGAGAGUCUUCCUCCAGCAUCCAGUCCCUACAGCAGAGCUUCAGAACAUUUGUUGAGGCUUCAACCGAGUCUGAAUCAAGUCUCACCGAGUCAUUACGUUGCAAACAAAACCACAGUAGUCCUGACACGUCCACGAGGAUCCUGAAUCGUCCUUCCCUGAAACUCAUCCUCCCUGGCCAACAUUCAGAACCUGACAGCAGAGUCAAAAAACGGUUCACCUUGUGUAAAGAGCUUGCACAGGAAGGGGAUAAGGUCAUGUUCCGCGAGUCGUCCUUGUACGAGGAAGAUGUGUCUCAAGGUGGCUCCCAAAAACGAUUCCCUUCUUCGGAGCAAAUGGUCGACCCCACGUCCCCAGACGUGUCCGACACUGCUUCUCCCAAGGUGUUCCGAUCGCCGAGUCUUCUGUUUCCGCCACAAGCUAUACAAAACUCUAUUCUAGAAGGCGUCUCUCUUGAACUGGGUCAUUCCUGGAAGAGGGUAGCACUGAUACUCGGCCUGACUCACUCAGACCUGGAAAACCUGGAAUACCGUCACCAUGGCAACCUUCAUGAGCAGGCCCUACAGGCACUUAUGCUAUGGAAAAAACGUGAAUCAAAGAAGGCGACCAUAACCAAACUGAAAGAAGCCUUGAAAGAAUGUGGUCUAACGCUAGUUGCAGACGCCAUCAACGAAAACAUCAAAUAUGAAACAACAUGAAUUUUGUAAACAAGACAGUAUCCCUUCCAGGAUUCAUUCUAUGGGAAUGCCCUCCAUAAAAUUGUGAU